CACUUCCCCCGAAAAAACAAACCCUCUCUCCACUUUCAUUUUCGUCGCAUAAUUUCUCUCCUCUUCUACACUCUGCACUUUUAUUUUCGUUACUCUUUACCGUCGAAACAUGAGAGAGAUUUUGCACAUUCAAGGAGGCCAAUGCGGGAACCAAAUCGGCGCCAAAUUUUGGGAAGUCGUAUGCGCUGAGCACGGUAUCGACCAAACGGGUCGCUACCAGGGCGAGUCGGACCUCCAAUUCGAGCGAGUCAAUGUGUACUACAACGAAGCCAGUUGCGGGCGGUUCGUUCCUCGGGCCGUGCUCAUGGACCUUGAACCAGGAACCAUGGAUAGUGUCCGGUCUGGGCCUUACGGGCAGAUUUUCCGGCCUGAUAACUUUGUCUUCGGGCAGUCUGGGGCAGGUAAUAAUUGGGCGAAAGGUCAUUAUACUGAAGGUGCUGAGCUUAUUGACUCUGUUCUUGAUGUUGUUCGUAAGGAGGCUGAGAAUUGUGACUGUCUUCAAGGGUUUCAAGUAUGUCAUUCACUAGGAGGUGGUACUGGAUCAGGUAUGGGAACCCUCCUAAUAUCGAAAAUCAGAGAGGAAUACCCAGACCGAAUGAUGCUGACCUUUUCGGUCUUCCCAUCACCUAAGGUGUCCGAUACUGUGGUUGAGCCUUACAAUGCCACACUCUCCGUUCACCAGCUCGUUGAGAAUGCAGAUGAGUGUAUGGUGCUUGACAAUGAGGCUCUAUACGAUAUCUGCUUCCGUACCCUUAAGCUUACAACUCCUAGCUUUGGAGACCUGAACCAUCUGAUCUCUGCAACGAUGAGUGGAGUUACUUGCUGCCUUCGAUUCCCUGGACAGCUAAACUCAGAUCUCAGGAAGCUUGCUGUGAACCUGAUUCCUUUCCCCCGUCUGCACUUCUUCAUGGUUGGAUUUGCACCACUUACAUCUCGUGGGUCCCAGCAGUAUCGUGCACUCACUGUCCCUGAACUUACCCAACAAAUGUGGGAUGCCAAAAACAUGAUGUGUGCUGCUGAUCCCCGGCAUGGUAGAUAUCUCACUGCAUCAGCCAUGUUCCGUGGCAAGAUGAGCACCAAGGAGGUUGACGAGCAGAUGAUUCAUGUACAGAACAAGAAUUCAUCCUACUUUGUAGAGUGGAUUCCAAACAAUGUAAAGUCCACUGUCUGUGACAUCCCACCCACAGGGUUGAAGAUGGCUUCCACAUUCAUCGGGAAUUCAACAUCAAUUCAAGAAAUGUUCCGCCGUGUAAGUGAGCAGUUCACUGCCAUGUUCCGCAGAAAGGCCUUCUUGCAUUGGUACACUGGUGAAGGAAUGGACGAGAUGGAGUUCACUGAAGCAGAAAGCAACAUGAAUGAUUUAGUUUCUGAGUAUCAGCAAUACCAGGACGCGACUGCUGAGGAGGAUGAAUACGGAGAUGAGGAGGAGGAAUACCUGGAGGAUUAGACAACUUGUCUACUUGUGAAAUACAUACAAUUGUUGCUGGAGUCUUUAAAGUAUUGUAUUAAUGUCUACAUUUUGUCUUAGAUUAGAAUUUUGCUAUUGUUAUGCAGAUGUAAUCUGUUAAUUAUAUUGUGGGGUUUGUGGUUACAUUAUUUGGUUAAAUAUAGGUGAACUUCAUCGUGUCA